AGUUCAGAGUGAAGUCAGAUGAAGAUGUUGUUUAUCAUGAACGUCUCAGUGCUGUUACUGCUCAUCUGUCCAUCCGUCAUCUCUGAAGUUAUAGAAUUUACUAAUUGUAGUCAGUUUUUUUAUCAAGAACAGCCUCCAGUGAUUCCUGGCAUUCUGAACAAUUCACACUCCAUGGAUAAUCCAUACAAAACCAUCUGUCAAAAAUAUGAGGGCGAGUACAGAUUUGCGACGCUCUACAACACAACAAACAGGAUUCCAAUUUUCUCAGCUUACAGAUUCACUGGGAAAAAGAUCAUCAAGAGACCAGAUAUUGAAUGGAUGAAUGAGCCUCAGCUGGAAAUCUCCAAUGAUCAGAUGGGUGUGACAUAUAUAAAUCAAGCUACAGAUGAAGACUACUUCAAUAAAAUGUAUAACUUGAGUCGCGGUCACUUGUUUCCGUGCUGUUAUUCAGGUGAUAAUGUCACAGCUCGCUCUACAUUCACAAUGACCAACAUUGUGCCACAGAAGAUCAGUUUUAAUAACGGCAGCUGGGGUCGCAUGGAAAAAAAGGCGAUAGAGUUGAUGGGUAACUACUGCCGUGACAAAAAUGAUCAAAAUAAAGUUUUGGCCCACGUGUUAACAGGAGCUGUACCUGGUAACAUUACACAAAACAACCGAGUAAAUAUACCAUCACACAUGUGGAUGACUUUCUGCUGCUUUAACAGCACCUCCAGUUCAUGGUCCUCACAAGCUUACUGGGGUGCAAAUGUAGAGGAAAAUAUAAAUGACAAUCUCACAAUCAGUGAAAGAAGUCUGGAGGAAUUACAAGAAUUCCUGAGUGAACAAUGGGUGAAUGUCACACAACUAUUUGACAACAACUGUAAAAACACAAAUAUUCACAUUUCACCAGAAGGCAGUGGCAGUGAGCCUCCUUUAAAUUUAGGCGAGUAGUGUUACACAUCAAAUGGUUUAAUUUAGCUCUUCUAUCUUACAAUCAUCCUGCAAUUAACUCAACACAAAAUUAUUUUACUAUAAAAUGUUUCUUAACACAUGCUAAGCAUAUACUUAUAUGUACUGUAAAUCAUCAAAAAUCUGCUUUGAAACAAUGCAACAAGAAAAAGGCACUAUUCAAAAUACAUUUUGACUUAUUUUAAAAUUAAGACCAUGUCAUAAAUGAGAUUGUGUGUACAUUGUCUUUUCUGCAAUAAAAAUUUGA